UUUAUAUAUAUCUAUGUUGACAAACUUUUUUCCUGUCCACAGUAAGUUCCUGUGACCGCCAGAGGGCGUCCAUGCGCCUCCAGCAGAGAGCGGCGCUGCCUCCUCAGACCAGAGCACAGAAGCUCAGACCCACUCCCUGCUCUCUGUGGAACAGUGGAGAAGAGAAACCCUUACUGCUUUUGUUUUUUUGCAUGAUCCUUUUGUUUUUACCAGCGGUCCUAGAGCCCAUGAACCGAGAGCUUUGUCGCUCAGCUCCUCCAGCGCUGACAGGACUCUGACAGACAGGAUGCUGUGGAACAACCCACACGUCGCCAAAGUGUCCGGCUGUUGGAUUUUUCUCUGCGCCUUUCUCAUGACCUUUGCUGCUGCUAGCUCAGGAACAGACACACAGAGCCAAGAUGGUAGUCAUGUCAUCCACAGCAAUCAACUGGACCUGCACGAGGUUGUUUUCAUCAUCCAGAGUCAGAGCAACGCCUUCCAUGUGAUGCAGGCAGAAAGACAGAGAACAGAUUUACUAAAGCAGGCACAUGGCAUCACAGAGAGACCACCGGUGGUUUCGUGUCUUCAUACUUUAUCAGAUAAUGAGGGAGACUGGAGCAUCCUUCCGCUGCUGCCUGAGUUAUCCCACUCCUUUGGCAAAAACUCUUCCUGGAUUGUUUUUCUUGAGGAGGAAACAAAUGUAAAGAUGACAAAGCUCCUUCAAGUCCUCGCUAAAUUUGACAAGAAUAAGGAGUGGUUUCUGGGUAAGCCCCUCCACGACCAGGAGUCCACCAUCAUCCAUCACUACGCGUUUGCAGAGAACCCCUCCAUCUUCAAAUACCCUGACUUUGCUGCUGCCUGGGCUUUAAGCAUCCCUCUGGUCAUUAGGCUGGCAAACAAAGUGAAAGAGGAGCCACUGAAGUCUGACUUCACCAUUGACCUGAAACACGAGGUUGCCUUGUAUAUCUGGGACAAUGGUGAGGGUCUUCCCCUGACUGCUGUUCCUGAGCUGUGCACUGAGCCGGGAGACUCCCCUCAGACGGAGCACUGUGCCACCACACUGAUCAGUGAGCCUCCGCUGUGUGGAGAGCCCGUGAAAAAGGAAGACGUGUUCGUGGCUGUGAAAACGUGCAGGAAGUUUCACAGGGAGAGAGUUCCUGUGAUAAAGAAAACUUGGGAGAAGGAGGCGUUAUUCCUGGAGUACUACAGUGACCACGGUGACCCUUCAAUACCAACCAUUAAUUUGGGAGUUCCAAAUACUGAGAGAGGCCACUGUGGGAAAACAUUUGCAAUCCUUCAGAGAUUUCUCAGCAGCUCUGUUCCAAACACCCAGUGGCUGCUUAUCGUGGACGACGACACACUGAUCAGCCUCCCUAGACUCAGAGCUCUGCUGAGUUGUUAUGACCCUUCUGGGCCAGUGGGUCUCGGGGAAAGGUACGGCUACGGCCUGAGCCAAGGUGGCUACAGCUACAUCACUGGAGGAGGAGGUCUGAGUCAUGGGUCCUUGAACGUCCCUUGGACUCUGUUGGAGUCAAAUGUCGACCAAGACCACACAGCUACUCGCAGAAUAACAAUUCAGGAUGCAAAGGCUGCAGAGAGAGAUGAGGCCGUGGUCCAACUUCUUAACAGUGGCUGCAAAUGCUACAGCAAUGACGCUCCGGAUGACAUGGUGCUGGGAAUGUGCCUUAAUGCUCUCAGGAUUCCAGUCACGCACAGUCCACUCUUCCAUCAGGCACGUCCGGAGGACUAUCCUAGAGACCUCCUCGCCCACCAGGUGCCCAUCUCUUUCCACAAACACUGGAACAUUGAGCCUGUUGCCGUUUUCAACAAAUGGCUGAAGGACGACUGGAGCUCCAAACCUUCAGCUGGACUAAAUAAGAGCCUGAAGACGGAGUUAUGAGGAUGUCAAGCACAUGGAUGAGCUCACUGAAAGUGUGUGUGUGUGUGUGCGUGUGUGUGUGUGUUUUUUAUUAUGGAUUAUUAUUAUUAUGGUACUUACAGAUUUAAAUGUGAUGUUGAAGUUGGGAACGUUACUGAGAGUCUCUGGUCACUUUGUCCUCACGGCCUCUGGUGGCCCACAUCUGAUCUUCACAGUCGAGGCCACGUUUCCACUAAUCCUGAACCAAACGGGUCUAAAAAGACGAAGCCCACAUUCCUAGCACUAAAUGUGCAACAGGUAAGAC